UAUCUUUCUUUAAUAUGUAGGAGACAGCCUUGCAAUUUUGAGACAAGAAUUGAAGAGCCAGAGGAAGCAUGUAAGGAGUCUGAAGAAAAAAUCACUAUGGUCCAACAUCCUGGAAGAGGUGAUGGAGAAGCUUGUUGACAUUGUUCAAUUCUUACAUUUAGAGAUCCAUGAUGCCUUCGGUGGAGCUGAUGGUGAUAAACCAGUGAAAGGAUCUCAGAUUAAUAAUCAAAGAUUGGGUUCUGCUGGUCUUGCGUUGCAUUAUGCAAAUAUUAUCACUCAGAUUGAUACACUUGUUUCCCGUUCAAGUUCUGUGCCUCCAAAUACCAGGGAUUCAUUAUACCAAGGACUGCCACCUAGUGUAAAAUUGGCCUUACGCUCCAAAUUACAGUCAUUUCAGGUUAAAGAAGAGCUCACUAUUCCUCAAAUAAAAGCUGAGAUGGAGAAAACUUUGCAGUGGCUUGUUCCAAUUGCUGCUAAUACAACGAAGGCUCAUCAUGGUUUUGGUUGGGUUGGUGAGUGGGCAAAUACAGGGUCAGAGGUUAACCGGAAGCCAGCUGGGCAAACUGACUUAAUUAGGAUAGAGACACUUCACCAUGCUGAUAAGGAGAAGACCGAAGCUCAUAUACUUGAAUUGGUAGUGUUGCUUCAUCAUCUCAUCAGCCAAUCAAGGUUUGGCACCAAUUUUGGGGUAAGGUCUCCCAUUAAAUCCCCGGUACGCUCCCCCACGCAGAAAACAAUUUCACUGCCCACACACAAGCCCAAUUCUCCAUCACCUGUCCUUACAAUUGAGGACCAGGAGAUGCUGCGGGAUGUGAAUAAAAGGAAACUGACACCAGGGAUAAGUAAGAGUCAGGAAUUUGAUACUGUAAAAACCAGGCUUAGCAAGCAUAAUAGGCUGAGCAAGAGUAGCAAUCACUCACCAACUAGUGAUAACAAGAAGGAAUCCUUCCCCAUUAGGAGACUAUCUGCCCUUCCUGUGAUCGAUUUUGACAUUGACAGGAUCAAGGCUUUGGAUGUCAUUGACAGAGUGGAUACACUAAAAAGUUUGUAAUCCGUUGAUGUUCUUGGAACAGAUGGGAUGAGUGAAAGGGUUUGUGUAUUUGUUGAUGCAUAUUAUGUAGACUGUAUGAUCCCAUCUUCUGGUUUGAUUAUCACAUCUGAGCGAAUUAGUGAUGUGGGAACAGAUUAAGGAUUCCAAGAUUGGACGUGUUCGUUCUUGGGGGCACCGGGAGAAGAUAGAGAGAUUAUGUAAGAUAACUAGGACUCUAGGAGACCUUGCAUGAGGAGAAUAUAUAAUUCCAUGAUGGUGAGAUAUGGUGAGUUGUAUUGUACAAGGGUUUUUAAUUGUUGUACUGAUCAGUGGAUUCUGAAACAGUAGGUUCAUCAUCUGUACAGAAAUUGUGAUCAUUUUCAUAAUAAUUCAAUUUCUCGAUUUUGUUUAA